CACAACCAUUCUUUGCACAACUCAAAACACCAUCACCAUGGCUUUCCGAUCAAUCUUCAUGGCCGCAACUGCCUUAGUUGCCACCGUUGACGCUCAUGUCAAGAUGUCAAUGCCUGUUCCCUACAGUGUUGACAAAGUCGACACUUCACCUAUCACCAAGUCACAGUACCCCUGCAAAUCUCAAAAUGGAUUCACUGUCUCUCAGAUGAACCAAAUGAAAGUUGGAGAGACGAACACCCUGAAACUUGAUGGUACUGCCGUCCACGGCGGAGGCAGCUGUCAGCUGUCGGUAACUCUGGAUACGGAGCCUACUGCCAACUCCGUCUUCAAGGUCAUCAAAUCAAUGGAAGGCGGUUGCCCAGCUGUUGAGGGACCGGCUGAUUCCUACGAUUUUGUGCUCCCAGACAGUAUUCCUAACGGAAAAGCUACAUUUGCCUGGACAUGGAUGUCGAAGCUGGCAGGUCAGGCUGAGCUUUACAUGAACUGCGCUCCUAUCGAGGUCACUGGUGGUUCCGAUGACAAGACCGCUUUCGAGAAGCUCCCUGAUAUGCUGGUUAUCAACAUUGACAAGUCCUGCGAGUCUGUUCCCAACUCGGCCGUUCAGUUUCCCAACCCGGGCUCAGUUGUUCAGAAAGGCAACACCAACGACUUGAAGCCCCCGGUUGGCAGCGCUUGUGGCUCCUCUGGUUCUGCUCCUGCUAACCCCUCUUCUCCUGCCGGCGGCGCACCCUCGCCCUCAUCCCCUGCCGGCGGCGCCCCGUCUCCCUCCUCCCCUGCUGGUGGUGCCCCCUCUCCAUCAUCCCCUGCUGGCGGUGCGCCCGGCCCCUCUCCUCCUACUGGUGGCGCCCCCGCCCCAGGCGCUUCUUUUCCUGCUGGUGGCGCGCCUUCUCCUGCUCCUACCUCUGUUGCUGGAAGCAAACCAUCUGCAUCCCCCACUUCCCCAGCUGUGGGUAAGCCUUCUCCUCCCACCAACGGCGGCGGUGUCUUCGCCCCAGGUGCCUCCAGCGCUGCUCCUGUGCCCUCUACCUCAACUACACUUGUCACUGUCACCGCCACUCCCACAGCGCCAGCCCCAGUUGCACCCACUCCCCCUGUUGGAACUGGCUCUCCAUCCGCUCCCUCCAGCCCCUCUGGUGGCUCUGGUGGCUCUGGUACCUGCAGCCAAAAUGGCGCGAUUGUUUGCAAUGGUGCGAACCAGUUUGGUAUCUGCAACAACGGAAAUGUCGUCUGGCAAGCCGUUGCUGCCGGCACCACCUGUUCCAACGGCAACAUCACUAAGCGUGGAUACAACGGCCGCAUUGCUCGUCCUCGCUGGUCCAGCCGCCGCGUUGUCAACUAAGCGGCUGACUUCAGCCCACAAUUUUGAUCUGGAAAGACUUGAUGUCUUCACGACGGUGUUGUCACACACACAUAUAUACGUUCUUACGCUCUUUUCUCCAACCUUCAAACACUUCUCUUCAUUCUUUUGCACAUAGCGAGACAAAAAAGGUCUGGGACCGGGUUUUCCGCUUGUUGUACAUACCCCACACCUUCUUUUCUCUUUUUGUUUCUGUUUUUUUUUCUUCCUUUCUCCACAAGUUCCAUGCGAACUUGAUUCUUCUUCUUCUUCUGCUGCUGCUGCGCAUUUGCUGGUGUUUCAGGAUGUGAAAGCGGGGGAAAUCUGCAUGUCCAUUCUACAUACGAAAACACAAGAACAUACAAGGGGAUUAUAUGGUCAUAUAUACCCCCUUCUGGUGUCAAAGCCAAUAGAA